UGAGGCAGGUGGUUGUCUUUGGGUGGAGCUGUGCCUUGUGCCUUUCGCGUCCCCACCUGGUGGUCACAGUGGAGGAGAGUCUGUCAUUUUGUGUGAUAGUAACUGAGCUGAUCCUCCCAUAUCGCUGUGGCCGAGUUCAAAGGACACAAGCCCUGCCCUUGAGUCUGCCAGCCAGAGCGUAGCUGCGUUCUUUAUCAGGUGGAGGUUCUGCGGGGAGACGGCCACUGCAGCCUCAGUCAGCCUGGGAAACACUUUCUUCUGCUGGAGCUCGCCCACCAACCUGAGCCAGGAUGCCCAAAACGAUUAACGUUCGCGUCACCACGAUGGAGGCGGAGCUGGAGUUUUCCUUCCACUCCAACACCACAGGGAAGCAGCUCUUCGAUCAGGUUGCCAGGACCAUCGGACUGCGUGAGACUUGGUACUUUGGGCUGCAGUUUGUGGAUAUCAAAGGGUUGCUGACAUGGCUGAACACUGAAAAGAAGGUGACGGCCCAGGAAAUGAAGAGAGAGACCCCCCUGCAGUUCAAGCUGAAGGCCAAGUUCUACCCCGAGGACGUGUCCGAGGAGCUGAUCCAGGACGUCACCCGGAGGCUUUUCUUCCUUCAGGUGAAGGAGGACAUUCUCUCUGAGGACAUCUACUGCCCUCCAGAGACUGCUGUGCUGCUGGCCUCUUAUGCCAUCCAGGCCAAGUAUGGAGAGUACAACAAGUCAGUGCAUCAUCCUGGCUACCUGUCCUCCGAGCGCCUGCUGCCCAAGAGAGUGCUGGAACAACACAAGCUGUCCAAGGAGCAGUGGGAAGAUAGAAUCCAGGUUUGGCACGAGGAGCACGGGUCGAUGCUGAAGGAAGAUGCCGUGAUUGAGUACCUGAAGAUUGCUCAGGACCUGGAAAUGUUUGGUGUCAAUUACUUUGACAUCAAGAACAAGAAGGGCACAGACCUGUGGCUGGGAGUCGACGCUCUGGGAAUGAACAUCUACGAGAAGCAGGACAGGCUGACGCCAAAGAUCGGAUUCCCCUGGAGUGAAAUUAAAAACAUUUCUUUCAGUGAUAAGAAAUUCAUCAUCAAGUCCUUAGAUAGGAAAGCUAAUGAUUUCAUAUUCUACGCCUCACGACUGCGAGUCAACAAGGGCAUCCUGCAGCUGUCCAUAGGCAACCACGACCUGUACACGCGCCGCCGCAAGCCCGACACCAUCGAGGUUCAGCAGAUGAAGGCUCAGGCCAGAGAGGAGAGGCUGCAGAAGAAGAUGGAGAGGGAUCAGCUGGAGUCUGAGAAGAAGAGGAGGGCGGCCAUCGAGAAAGAGAAGGGGGACAUUGAGAGAGAAAAGCAGGAGCUCAUGAUGAAGCUCUACCAGUAUGAAGAGACGACCAAGAGGGCGGAGAGAGAGCUUCAGGAGCAGCUGGACAGAGCCAUGAGGCUGGAGGAGGAGAGGAGGAGGGUGGAGCAGGAGGCGGCCCGGCUGGAGGCUGAGAGGAUGGAGGCCAUAAUAGCCAAGGAGGAGCUGGCCAGACAAGCCGAGGACCAGAUGAAGAGCCAGGAGCAGCUGGCUGCAGAGUUGGCCGAGUACAGCACCAAGAUCGCUCUGCUGGAGGAGGCCAAGAGAGAGAAGGAAGAAGAGGCUGAGUCAUGGCACCACAAGGCUAAGGAAGUGGAGGAGGACCUGAUGAAGACAAAGGAGGAGCUGCACAGUGUGAUGAGCUCUACCAAUUCAGCUCCCCCUGCUGCUUCCUCUUCCUCCUCCUCCUCCUCCUCGGACAGCGAGAGCGACCACGAGCACAGCGAAGAGAACAGCACCUACAGCGCCGAGCUGCAGACGCAGGACAUCAACGACCACCGCCAGGAGGAGGAGCGGCUCACCGAGGCCGAGAAAAACGCGCGCCUGCGGAAGAAGCUGAUGGCCCUGAGCUCAGAGCUCGCAGAAGCCCAACACGAGAACAAGAAGACCCAGAACGAUCUGCUCCACGCCGAGAACGUCCGGGUCGGCCGCGACAAGUACAAGACCCUGCGUCAGAUCCGUCAGGGCAACACCAAGCAGAGGAUUGACGAGUUUGAGGCCUUGUAGAAACCUCAGAGACCUGAAGAUCCUUCCCAGAUACCUCAUGAAGGCCCUGCCGCUCAGCAAUGUUUUUCAUUUAAGUGUGAUGUAAUUGCAGCCACACCAGAUUUUAAAGACCCAGAAAAGCAUGGAGCUGAUCUGUGCAAAGGCCCCUCCAUGAGUUUUAUUUAAUCAGUUUGACUUUUGCAUGAAACCUGUUUGUUUUUCUUUUUUCUUUGUAGCACUCAAACAUCUCCAGUGUGCUGUUUAGUCCCAUGAAAACAGUAACCCACAGCAGAAAGCUAAUGUGCUCCUGACAUACUGUAUGAACAAAGCUGGUGUGAGAGGUGUACUGUAGACAUGAAAUAUAAACGAUCAAAAAAGUUA